AUGGCGUCCUACAGCUUGCUGGGUCAGCCAGAAGAAGACACCCUGCACAAGGCCCGUCUGCUCAAUGUCGAAGAAAAACCCUUCAAGCGCGUCUCGAAGCGCCUCCUGAACCCCGAGUCGCUUGCCGUCUCCAACGCGCCCCAGGUCCUCACUCCACCACCCGAAGAAUCCGAUGCCGAUGCGACCGCCACCGACGCCGACAAGCAGAAGAAACUCGAUGAAUGGCGUCACUUCAACGAAGAUGUAUCCCUCGACUUUUCCGCCUUUGAAGGCAGUAUCGCGCGCAUCCAGUUCCUCCUCGCGAGCAACAAGAACGAGCGCGAGCGAUACGGGACCCAGAAAGUGCGGAUCUUGGAGACCAAGGAGUCGGUUCGAAGGAACAACGGGGACCUACGCAACCAGCUGCAAGGCGCACAGCAGUCGCUUGCUCGGCGUAAGGGCUACGAUGAACUUACCGAGAAAAUCACCGGCAACCGACUGCUGAAGACGCGGGAGGACCAGCAGGUCCAACUGCAGAGACUUCAGGAUGAGAUUGCAGACCUGGACAAGGAGAGCAAUGACUGUAAGACCACUUGGGGUGAGCGACGCGUGCAAUUCGCUCGUGUUGUGGAUGAAGGCACCCUGCUCCGACGACAGAUUCGCAAUGAGAACGAAGUAGAGGAAGAGACGGGUGAUGAAGGGGAUGCCAAUUCCAGGGGAAAGAGCAGUGCUGCCAACAGUCCUCGCCCUGACUCUGAGAGUAUGACUCCCUCUCAGAGCCAGGAUGAGAGUGGAAAGCUGCAAGUGGAAAAGGGUUCUGGAAAUGCACACGAGGCAUCCCCCCUGCGGAAUGAGACAACCGCCGAGGAUGUCAAGCUUACAGCCGAGCAGACAGAUACCGAGAUGCUCGAUGAAGGUGAGAUCCGGGAGAGUGUCGAGGAGGAUGAUGAACUGGAGGAGGGCGAGGAAAGGCCGGAUGACCACGGAGGACGGAUGGAUACCUCAUGA